ACAUUAAGAGGAGCGUGUCCGUGCUCCGGCGGGGAGGCACAUCGCAAAUUGAAGGCGCUCUUCCCUCCAGACCGACUCUCGCCAACCCGAGGAUACAUGGAUGGACAGGGACACGCUGCCAGCGGAAUUAAGUUGUCAGCCGGUGCGAGGAAUUUGUGGAUAUAAUGGGGAAUACGACACCGAAGCCUUUAUUGGAUGCGACUCUGCACCCCCGCCCGGUGGCUAGUCGGCAGUACUACACCCUGCCCAGCAAUGGGGCAGGUGUGGAGAGGAGAACCUCUGCCCCGCCGGUCAGCAUCAACGUCGAGUCCCCGCGCUUUCACCCGCACGCCAAGGGCAAGAACAUCCGGCUGGACGGUCAGCUUCGCCGUGCCACUCGCAAGAACAGCUUCUGCAACGGCAUCACGUUCAGCCACCGGCCCGUUCACCUCUACGAGAAGGUGCGUCUUCGCUUGACUGGUGUGCACACCGGGUGGAGCGGCGCUCUGCGCUUUGGCUUUACCAGUCUGGACCCCAGCGAACUAGUUUCGACCGACAUCCCCAAGUACGCCUGCCCUGACCUGGUGACGCGGCCCGGGUACUGGGCCAAAGCUCUGCCCGAGAGGCUGGCGUUGAAGGACAACGUGUUGUCGUUCUGGGCUGAUCGCCAUGGAAGGGUUUUCUACAGCAUCAAUGAAGGCGAGCCCAUCCUCUUCCACUGUGGGCUCAGCAUCGGCUGUCCGCUCUGGGCCAUCAUAGACAUCUAUGGCAUCACUCAGGAAGUCACACUUCUGGACAGCACGUUUGCAGAGAGUGUGGGAUCCAGCUGCCUGAGUGCGGCCCGUCUGAGUGCCUAUCUGCCCCAGAGUAGCCACGACUCCGCCAAUUACAGCAACAACCAGCUGGAGAACAACCAGGCCGCCGCCGCCAAGAUGGCCAACCUCCAGCUCAAUAACUACACUCAGCUCAUCCCCUGCUGCUCCUCCACCUCCUCCUCCUCCUCCACGCCGUCCUCGUCCGCCUCCACUGGAUUCAGCGUCCCGAGGGUGGUCCGGAGCCUCCCGUCCCCCCUGGACAAUGACUUGCACUUUCACCCCGUCCGCGGCUCCGACGUGAUUCUGUCGGCGGAUCGCUCCGCCGCCUGCAUACACUUUCUGGACAGCAGCCGGACUCUGGUGUUCAGCGACCGGCCGCUGCGCGUCGGCGAGACUCUGUACGUGGAGGUCGGCCACCUGGGCCUGCCUUAUUUCGGCGCUCUGUCAUUCGGCCUGACGUCCUGCGACCCGGCCAGUCUGCACGCCGGGGACCUGCCGGCGGACCCCGAGGUUCUCCUGGACCGCAAAGAGUACUGGGUGGUGCACAGGGGCUUCCCCAUGCCUUGCUCUGGAGACGUACUCAGUUUUAGCCUGCUGCCCGGCGGCGAGGUGCAUCACGGCGUGAACGGAGUGGGACGAGGCCGGCUGCUGUGCGUCGACUCCUCUCAGGUCCUGUGGGCCUUCUUCACCCUGCACGGGGCCAUCAACAGACUCAGGAUACUCGGAACCGUGCAGUCCAGCCCUCCCUCCACGUCCCCAACGACGUCUCAGAGCAGCAGCAGCAGCAGUCCGGAUGACAGCGACUCGGACCUGGCCUUCAGUGUCAACAGAUCCUCCUCCGCCUCCGAGUCCUCUCUGGUGACUGCCCCCAGCUCCCCCCUCAGUCCUCCCACCUCUCCCUCUCUGUCUGCCUCGGAGCUGCCCCCUGCUGGGAAAAACGGAGAAUGCACCAUCUGCUUCGACCAGGAGGUGGACACGGUGAUCUACACCUGCGGACACAUGUGUCUGUGCAACGACUGCGGGGUGAAGCUGAAGAGACAGAUCAAUGCCUGCUGCCCCAUCUGCAGGAGGCCGAUCAAAGACGUGAUCAAAACGUAUCGGCCGUGAUGCUCUGACGCAGGCGAGCAGGUGACCCCCGUUGACCCCUCUCAGGCUCCGCUGGACGUGGAUCUCGACCCCCAGCCAGGAUGUUAUUGUGCCUAUCCGAUUUCCUUUUUUU